ACAUCAUGUAAUUUUUUCCCGACUUUCUCCAUGCGCCGUCUGGAAAAACAUCGUCAAUUUGACGUUGUGUUACUAAGAACCACCACUUGCCCUUGAAAUCCCGACCGGGGAAAGAAUUCACUUUUUUACAUCGCUUCUCCUAGAAAUCCAAUCGCCGUUUUCCUAUUCCUAAGGACGCUUUAGAAUAAUAAAUAUCCUGCGUGGCGACCUCGUCAUACCUGAACAAUUGCAAUUUGCGACAUCAGAUAAUAUCAGACAUCAGACAUAAGACACCAAGCCAAGAACAGCUUAACCAAUUACCUCCUCCCAUUAGAUAUCCGACAUACCUCGAAUAUUACAUUAAUAUUACUCACUUUCCAUACGACCACGUGCCUACCUAAAGAUACACAAAACACAUACGACAUCAAUCUUACAAAGGCAAAAUCCCUCACAGCUACAAAGAUCAUCCAUCUUAUCGUCGCACCGAGCAAACCAAGAAUCAUCCCAACCCGGUCAAGAAACUGAUUUAACACCCCGCCAAACAACCAACCCAAACCAAGCUAGCCACCAAUUCCACUCACCUCAAACCUCCACCUCCACCUACAACCACAUCACCCAUCCCUAACAACCAAGCCGGGUCCCAACCCCACUACAACCCCGCAACCAUGAAAGUAAUCUCGAAAGAAGAAGAAGCCGCACACUACGGGCAAGUCCUACGCGGCGGCGCCAUCGGCGGCACCCUCGGGAUCGGCCUCGGGAUCGGCGGCGUGAUCUUCGCCUCAAAGCGAUACCCAACCUUCAGCUCCUUAACCGUCCCCUUCCGCGCCUUCCUCGUCACCUCCACAGGGACCUUCGGCGCCAUCGUCAACGCAGAGCGGUGGUCGAACGCCUUCCACCGGAACAACAACCCGAUGAACUUCUACGUAGACGAAGCGCAGCGCACCGCAGAGCUGAUCCGACAGAACGAGACGAGCUGGCAGCGGUUCACGACGUGGGGCCGCGAGAACCGGUACUCGAUUGUCUUCGUGUCGUGGGUUGCGGCGAUGGGGAUCGCGCUGGGGAUCGUGGGGCGGAAUAAGUACAUCACGACGUCGCAGAAACUGGUGCAAGCCCGAGUAUACGCGCAGGGCCUGACGCUCGCGGUGUUGAUUGCGAGCGCGGUGUUCGAGACUGCGGACGCGAAGAGUGGCACGGGCAGGUGGGAGAUUAUUAAGGUCAUUGACCCGGAUGAUCCCGAGCAGAAGCAUUUGAUCGAGAAGAAGGUCCAUAAGGAGGAGUAUGAGGGCCAGGAUCUGUGGAAGGAUAUGGUGGCUGCUGAGGAGAAGAGGAUUGCGGCGCAGAAGGCGAAGAAAUAGAUGGGUGUGGGCUUGGGUUCAUCUCGCUGUUGCAGGGAAGAGAGAUGGGAACAUGGCGAGAGGAGCAGGUGAGGCUAGGCUGCUAGGCCAGCCUCACGCCGCUUUCGUGAUAAUGGGAGGAAAAAGGGGUUUGGACACUUACGUCCUGGAUUCACUUUCACAUAUUCAAUCACCUGCAUAUUUCCCUUAGAUCAGAUCAUUGUACCGGAGUUUGGGACUGCUUCACGCAGUUGGGGUUUUCGUUGAAUUUAAAAAAUCGGUUCUCUUCCUCUCUUCUCUUCAUCGGUUCACUUCGCUUCGUGUACAAAAUCACCUUUACUUCCUUUACCUUGGAUAGAGAACAUCCAAGUCGUCGAGGUUCUGGUUACGAUUCCUACAUCUUCCUUGACCAGAGCUACGAAAACUUAGGGGAGGAAACGGAAGAUUGGCUUGAGAACCUAGGAUAUUGCGGAUUAUAUAAACGGUGGUGGGUAGAGG